GCCAUUUGUGCAUCGCAUCAUUGCAUUAAUCAGCAUCUUUUUCCAAUCCAGGUUGAUUCAUCUACAAUCCUUCACGAUCUCGCGUCUUAACCUACGUACCUUCGAAUCCACCUACCUCCCUCAAUCUUUCCCAUCAACCGCCCAAAAAACCCUUCCACCAUGUCGUGGCUCUUCGGUUCCAGCAGUUCUACAGAGAAGGCCCCCGAACCUACCCCGGCCCCUGCCGAGAAGCCAAAACCCUGCUGCGUCUGCAAAACCGAAAAGACCGCUCGUGAUGACUGCAUGCUCUUCUCGAAAUCUGACGACCCACAGCAAGAAUGCAAGUCCAUGAUUGAACAGUACAAGGCCUGUAUGGCUGGAUACGGCUUCAAGGUCUAGAUGUUUGGUUACCGGGAACGGGAUCAAAUGCACGCAGCUUGGUUUUCACUGCAUGGUGUUUUGGGAUUCGGGUUUAUGCAUAGACUGUACAUUAGAUGCGUAUUACUGUAAUGGUUGAUGGGAACUCUCCUUUCUUGUGAGAUAAAUUAGAAUGUAAAAUAUGACUCUUGAUCAAAGUUGUGGAGGUUUGACUUGAGCAUAGUGUUCUGUAUUAAAGCUUCAGUUUAAGCUGCUUCGGCCUUUAUGGUAGAUAGAACAUGGUUGGUGUAGGUUGCGUAAUAAAUGUUAUAUACAAAUCAGAGAGCUAUGCGUGGCGCCC